AUGCGCACCUUGCAUUUCCUAGGAGUUGUUGCCCUUCUCUUGGUCGACCAGUCUUCGGCUUUCAAGGCGCACGACUUCAAGACAUGCUCUCAGUCCGGUUUCUGUAGACGGGGACGCGCCCUUUCUGCUCGCGCCAAAGAAGCAAAAUCCUCUUGGGUGUCUCCUUACUCGGUGGAUUCUUCGAGUGUCCAUAUUUCACCAGAUCACGCCGUCUUCACCGCGACGGUCAAGUCAUCUCUCUACCCUGAAAUCAACUUCGGCUUGGAAGUUCGCAUUCAGGACAAUGGGGUCGCCAGAGUGCGUAUGGACGAAGUUGGAGGAUUGAGGAAACGUUACGACGAAGCAGCAUCCUGGGCCUUGAUUGCGGAGCCCGUCCUAAGCAAGACCAUCAAGUGGACAGCAGGAAAGAAGGAUAUACGCGCCAUUUAUGGCGACAAGAAGGACAUCGAAGUCGUAGUCGCCUAUGAACCUUUGCGAGUUACUCUUCUCCGAAAUGGCAAAGAGCAAAUUGUCCUUAACGGACGUGGCCUCUUGCACAUGGAACAUUUCCGCAAUAAGAUUGAACCUCCAACUGCAAUUGAAGAACCUGAGCCGGUCGAGGGUGAAGGAGCUGAGGGUGAAAAGGUCGAAGGGGAAGUUGAAGGUCAAGCUGUGCUCAAGGCAGAGCCUGAAAACCCCGGCGCCUGGUUUGAGGGCAAGGAGGAAGACGCGCUCUGGGAAGAAACCUUCCUCCAAUGGACGGACUCCAAGCCGAAAGGACCCGAGUCUCUUUCCCUUGACAUUACCUUCCCGAACCAUGGUUCAGUAUACGGCAUUCCUCAACAUGCUACCCGACUUGCCUUACCCUCGACCGAAGGCGAGAACCCAACAUUCACGGACCCUUAUCGACUCUAUAAUGCCGACGUCUUCGAAUACCUCGCGUCUUCACCCGUAUCGCUAUACGGAUCCAUCCCUCUCAUGCACGCCCAUUCAGCUGAUUCGACUGUCGCCGUCUUCCACGUCGUGGGCUCCGAAACCUGGAUCGACGUCUCUCAUCCAUCCGACAAAUCUACGGAGACCCAUUGGAUUUCGGAAUCUGGUAUCCUCGAUACUUUCCUUUUCCCAGGACCCACCGCAGAGGAAGUCUUCAAGCAGUACGCUCGUCUCACCGGCACGCCAGUUCUUCCGGCCCAGUGGAGCUUGGGAUACCAUCAGUGCCGUUGGAACUACAUUAGCUCGGAAGACAUCAGGACCGUUCAGAAACGCUUCGACGAAGAGGAUAUACCCGUCGACGUCUUCUGGCUUGAUAUUGAAUAUUCAGUGGAUCACAAGUACUUCAUGUGGAACGAGAAAUCUUUCCCUGACCCGGUCGAAAUGACUAACGACGUUGCUGCUAAUGGCCGCAAGAUGGUCGUUAUCGUAGACCCACAUCUCAAACGUGUCUCGGACUACCCUGCCUACAAGAGCGCGUCUGACCUCGGUAUCCUCGUCAAGCCGAAGAGUGGCGAGGGUGAGUACGAGGGAUGGUGCUGGCCCGGAAGCAGCUCCUGGACCGACUUCUUCAACCCUGCCGCUUGGGACUGGUGGAAGUCUAUGUUCAAGACACAGCCCGGCGACAAGUGGUCCUGGACAAAGAGCACGACUGAUAUCCACAUCUGGAACGACAUGAACGAGCCGUCUGUUUUCAACGGGCCUGAAAUCACCAUGCCGAAGGAUAACAUUCAUUAUGGAGGUUGGGAGCACAGAGAUAUUCAUAACAUCAAUGGAAUGCUCUUUUCGAACCUCACAUACCAAGCCGUCGCUGAGCGUACAGAUCCGCCGACACGUCCUUUUGUGCUUACUCGUGCAUUCUAUGCCGGUUCUCAACGUUUCGGUGCUAUGUGGACGGGCGACAACCUCGGCACCUGGGAACAUAUGGCUGUCGGUGUCAAGAUGGUUCUAGCCAAUGGUCUCGGUGGGUUGAGCUUUGCAGGAUCUGACGUCGGUGGCUUCUUCAGCAAUCCCGAGCCAGAGAUGCUGGUGAGGUGGUAUCAAGUCGGUGCUUUCGCGCCGUUCUUCAGGGCGCAUGCCCACAUCGACACCAAGCGCCGCGAACCCUUCCUUCUUGAAGACCCGUACAAGGGCAUCGUAAAGGAUGUUCUGAAGCUGAGGUACACCAUGCUGCCCAUCUGGUACACCGCCUUCAGAGAGACUACCGUUACUGGCAUGCCGAUCUUGAGGCCCCAGUUCAUUAUGUUCCCUAAAGACAAGGCCGGCUUCGACAUGGACGACCAGUACUACAUCGGUUCCACUGGUCUCCUCGUCAAGCCCAUCACGGAGAAGGGCACAACCGAGACGACAGUUCAUCUCGCCGAGGAUCAGGUCUACUACGACUACUUCAACAACUACGCCUACCGCGGCGCUUCUAAAGGCAAGGACAUCACUGUAGCAGCUGCUCUCAACCAAAUCCCUCUUUUCGUUCGUGGCGGCUCGAUCUUGGCAACCCGCGAGCGUCCCCGCCGUGCAUCCUCGCUCAUGAAGCACGACCCCUUCACCCUACGUGUCGCCCUCAACAAAGCAGGCUUCGCCCGCGGCGAGCUCUACCUCGACGACGGCGUCACCUACGACCACACAAAGGGUGACCUCAUCUGGCGUGAGUUCGUCGCCGAGAAGGCCGGAAAGAAGGGUCUAAGAAUCAGGAGUCAGGACCUGGGCAAGGCCAAACCCACAGAGGCGGUCGAUGGCGUGGCUCUGGCGAGCUACAACCCUGCCAACUCCUUCGCGAAGAGCGUUGAGCAUGUGCGGGUGGAGAAGAUCAUUGUGGUCGGCCUAGCAAGCAAGCCCACGAGCGUCAAGGUUGAGGGUGGGAAGGAGCUAGUAUGGGAGUAUACCUCUGGUCUAGCUGCUGGUGAUAAGAAAGAGGGCACCGCAAGCGUGUUGGCAAUCAAGGAUCCUAAGGCCCUCAUUGCGAAGGAUUGGGCUAUUGUCAUUCAGUAG